AUGGCCUCAAUCGCCCUCCGGUGCCUCGCCAAGGCCCGCCCAACACCUACUCUCCCGACGACUUCACGACUCGUCCCCGUCCUGACACUCCUCGCGACGACGACCGUUUCCUCCUCCUCCUUCUCGACAUCCACGCGCGUCAACGCGUCGGACAACCGCGGCAAGCACGUCAUCAAGGGACGACACAAGAAGAACUACAAGAAGAAGGGAACGCUCACGCGAGCCAAGACGCCUGCACCCGGCGAGCGAAAGGCUUUCCGGAAGAGGAUCCAGCUCAGUAACAACAAUGCCAUUACCGUUACGGGGCUCGGGGACCUCGCUCCCGAGUCGAUGGCGUCGGAGGAGUCUCAGGGUCGUGUGUUGGGAGUGCCUGAUGCUGUUGUGGAUCAGCUGAGGGCUGUCGAGGCGUUCCGGCCUACGCAGUCGUGGGGAUUUUUUAAGAGGCCGCAUGUGCUCGUGAGGUCGGAGACUGUGGAGCUCGGGAAGAUGAUGGAGAGCGCUAAGAGGGAAAAGAAUGUGCUGAAGUUGAUUGUGAAUGGUGGUAAGGCCACGGGUAAGACGACGCUUUUGCUGCAGGCGAUGGCGCAUGGGUUCUUGAACAAGUGGGUUGUUAUCAACAUUCCUGAAGCCUUCCAACUUGUUAACGCCCAUACCGACUACGCCCCCGUCCAAGACACCGACCCCAUGCAAUUCAGCCAGCCCUCCUUCGCCCUCAAGCUCCUCCAAGCCAUCUCCAAAGCCAACGGCGACGUCCUCCAGACCCUCCCCUUGACGAAGGACUACUCCAACGUAACGUACCUGGCCCACCUCCCCUCGAACCCUACCCUCGCCGACCUUGCCGCCUCCUGCCGCGAGCUCGAGUUCGCUUGGCCCACCCUCUCCACCUUCUGGACCGAGCUCACCACCGUCCGCGGCCGGCCCCCCGUCCUCUUCACCCUCGACGGCCUUGGCUUCGUCAUGAGGGACAGCGCCUACCGCGACCCGUCCUUCAACCCCGUCCACGCCCACGACCUCACCACCAUCCGCCUCUUCACCGACGCUCUCGCCGGAAAGACCGCCUUCCCCAACGGCGCCGCCAUCAUCGGCGCCUGCGGUGGCAACGACAACGUCAAGAUCCCCUCGCUCGAUCUCAUCCUGUCCCAGCUCGAGGCCGGCGCCCAGGGUAAGGAGAUCCCCCAGCCUGACCCCUAUGAGCGCGGCUACGAUGAUCGCGUCUUUGAUGUUCUCAAGGACGCGAGGCUUCUUUCGCUCGAGGGCGUCAGCAAGCCCGAAGCUCGCUCUAUUAUGGAGUAUUGGGCUGCUAGUGGGGCAUUCUUGGAGGCUGUUACGGAACCGGCUGUUAGUGCUAAGUGGACUCUUGGUGGACAUGGUGUUCUUGGGGAGAUGGAGAGGGCUACGCUGAGGAGCAUGAGGGGAUGA